UAGUAAAACAUAUUAUCUCCUCCCCACUAUCCUGAUAAGAGGCGUGAGUUAUGAGUUCUGAUGAUUGCUGUGAUCACCAUAAGUGAUGUUAUCAGGGAACCAGUGAUAAGAUUGUGCAGGGUGUGUUGUCUCAGUCUUCUGCAGCUGAAGUGGGCAGCAGCUGCCUACACCGAGGAAGCAACAGUAUCAAAAGCUGAGGAUACUUUUAGAGAAACUCAUGAAAAAUGUUUUAAGGAAUCCUUUGGCAUCUCAAAACACUGAUGUUGGUCAAAAGGCAGAGUGGACAGUAUAAAAAAUAUUGACCUCCACAUUGCUGUAGAUUUGAAGAAAGUUGUCAGUACCUUCACCUGGAAGCAGAGACUGGAAAAGCAAGUUGGAACAUCACAAUGUGCAGGAGGAGAUGGUUAAGCUCCCCCUGAUUAUUAUAUAAGGAAGGCUUGCUGUGGUUUUGAUAGGAAGCAAAGAUUAGAAUAACAAGUGGAAACAUCCUGAAGCGUGUAUGGAAAAUUGUGAUACCUGUCAAUUGUAGUGUGAGAAGCAAAGAACUGCACCCAGCCUGAUCAGGUCCAUGGAUCAUUCUUACAAAGACAAAACAGGUAAAGCUGGCUGUACCUUCUCUUAGAAGCAAGGAUUGGAAGAGCAAGUUCAAAUAUAUUUCAAAGAACAUAUGUAAGGAGAGAUGCUGUGCCCUCGCAUUGUAGUGUGAGAAACUGACCUCCUGUACCCAGCCAGGACAUCACAGAAACAACAACAACAACAACAAAAUGUAAAUGCUGAAACAAUUGUAAGCAAUAUAUUGAAAGAACAAGUGCAGAAUUGAGAAAUGUGUACAAGGAGAGAUGUUUUCCCUUCUCAUCCUAGUGUGAAGAGCAAGGAACAUCAGCACUCCUCCUGUAUGGCUCCAUGGAAUGUCAAAACUAACAAAGAAUUGUAGUCGCUAGACUUGCGUACAUUCAUAUAGUGUACAUAUACAGCAAAAAACUAACAAUCGUAUAUGGGUCAAAGCAGCUUCCAUACAAAUAAAAAAAUUGUAAAAGCAAAAUUUAGAUAGACUAACAUAUCGUUCCUGCAAACCAUCAAGAUCCCUCAACAGCCUUGUACCCUGAACACUGCAAGAUCCACCAGGAUGGAGAAGAUGGAGCUGGAACUCCAGGAGAGUGACUUAUUUGUACGACGCAUGUUGUCCAUCAAUGCACGUGAUGCUGGUGGCGGCGGUGGUGGUGGUGCGGCCCGGCCUGCCCCUCCCCCCACCAAGCCUUUCCCAUUCCCCAAACAUCCUAAGCCUCGCCCCCAACACCUCCCCUUGAAAACAAAGAAUGAUGAUGAGAUGAAUUUUCCACCCCCUCCCAAGAACACGCCGCCCCCUAAGCCACCAAGGCAGCUGCAUGCCCUUCAGAGGCAGCCAGUGGAUGUCCAGCAUGAUGCCUUAACUGGCCUGACAUCACUAGAGCUCACGCAUCUGGUGAGUCAAAAGUUCCUCAAGGAUUUUGACCAGAAGCAAGACCAGUAUGAGGAGCUGCCAGACUUUAUUCCUCCCUUUCCUGUUCCUUCUCCUUCUGGGAAGCCUUUUGUAAACAGCAACCUAAGCCUACACAGUAUGUCGCUGGACGCCAUGUCAUGCACCCGUUGUGGGGACGGGUUUGAGCCCCAGGAGAAGAUCGUCAACUCCAACGGGCAGCUGUGGCACAAGCAAUGCUUUGUGUGCGCCCAGUGCUUCAGACCAUUCCCUGAUGACAUCUUUUAUGAGUUUGAGGGACGGAAGUACUGUGAGCAUGACUUCCAGGUGCUCUUUGCCCCCUGCUGCGGCAAGUGUAACGAGUUCAUCAUUGGGCGCGUGAUCAAGGCAAUGGCCAGCAGCUGGCACCCCCAAUGCUUCACCUGUGAGCUCUGCCAUAAGGAGCUGGCGGACCUGGGCUUCAUUCGUAAUGCAGGCCGUGCGCUGUGCCACGAGUGCAACGCCCGGAUCAAGGCUGAGUCCCAGGGGAAGUACAUGUGUCACAAGUGCCACUCCACCAUUGACGGCCAGCCUCUGAGGUGGAGGGGCGAUACCUUCCACCCGUACCACUUCAACUGCGCCUCCUGCGGGGUGGAGCUGACCGCUGCCGCCAGGGAGGUCAAGAGCCGCCCGGGAUGCACCGCCAAUGAGAUGAAUGAACUUUACUGCCUGAGGUGCCACGACAAGAUGGGCAUUCCAAUUUGUGGAGCAUGUCGCCGGCCUAUUGAGGAAAGAGUUGUUACUGCCUUAGGGAAGCAUUGGCACGUGGAGCAUUUUGUGUGCGCCAAGUGUGAAAAGCCCUUCAUGGGGAACCGCCAUUAUGAACGCAAGGGAUUGGCCUAUUGUGAAACCCAUUACCAUGAGCUGUUUGGAAACCUGUGCUUCGUUUGCAACACUGUGAUCUAUGGAGAUGUUGUGACGGCUCUCAACAAGGCCUGGUGCCAGCACCACUUUGCCUGCGCCACGUGUGACACCAAGAUGACGCAGAAGACAAAGUUCUUUGAGUUUGAUCAGAAGCCGAUCUGUAAGAAGUGCUAUGAGAAGUUCCCUCAGGAGCUGAAGAAGAGGCUCAAGAAACACCAUGAUGCCCAGGCAAGAGGGGGCAAGCCUCAGCUGUAGAUGAUGUCUUCCCUCCUCUCCAUCAGAAGCUUAGCCUUUUCCUCCCCACCACCUGCUCCACCAGCCUUGCCAUCCACCUGUGAACACCCACACUGAAGAAUUCUCACAUAGAUAGAGACAUGAGGAAGCAGGUAUGAUUUUAGAAUCAUAUUUACACACUUAAGCAGUUGUAUUUAUAUAUGAGGCCUGCCAUAAUAAUGUCAUUAGAUCCCAUUACCUUUAUAUUAGUUAUUUUGAAGCCUUUAGGGUCAUGACUGCCAAGGUUGCUGUGGGCAAGGUGGCUGAGAGAGAAAAGUGGGAAAUUGCUUGGCUGAAGUCGUGUAUACUGAUCGCUUUAUGAAAUAUGUUGUUUUAAUGCAGUACGAAAAGUAUUUUCAUCUCACUUCUUAAUAGGUUAUUCAUUGUGUUUCUAUGCUAAUCUCUUAUGUGUCUUAGAUGUAGUAUACCUAUAUUAAUUAUGUAGUAAAUAGACCUUGAUGUGUUCUAUAGUUUUGUGUCUGUGUUCUCAACACAUUUAUGUUUUAGUUAGUGUUUUUUCAUGAGUGACCAAGAAGUUACAGUUGAAGAAUCUCCUGUCAGUACCCUUCAGAGGUGUUGUUAGUGCUGUUUCUCAUCGUUUGUACUUAUUGGAUUUGAACUACACUUAUUGUAUUUCAUAAACCAACCCAAGUUUAUUUUAUAUAAUAUUUUUUGUUUUCAUUUGAUACCAUUUGUCAUUAUUUGGCAAAACAUUUUUUCAACAAUUACAAAAAUGAACACAAUUUUUAUUUGUCAGAACAAUAUCAACAAGAGUAAACAAUAUCUUUUGCUUUUCCCUGGCUGUACCCUGAACCUGUCUGUGCCCUCACCUGUAACAAACUUUUGGAUGUACAGACUUUGUGUUUUCUUUGAUUAGUUACUAGAAAGAGUUCGCUGUAUAAACCUGAUGUAUGCCACAUAUCCAAUGUAGGUGUCACUCUUCAUGCUGUACAUUCAUCUCUCCAGUGAUGCUGCCUCCCGCCAGGCACACCCUGCUUUCAGUGCCAAAUAGAAUUAUCUUGUCUGUGGUUGUUCAUUUUGCUAGUGUUAGUAUAAUGCAGUGGACCCUGUCACUGCUGAUUAUUUUUAUUCUUUAUUUUUUAUUAUUUUUUUAUGUUUAGCCUAAGGUGCCAUUCUUGAUGGGGCUUGCUGGUCAGUUCCAGCCUGUUAUGGUGCUUGGCUCAUGCUGCCCCCAGGACCUCUUUUUUUAUCCUCUUUAGAGAGCUAGUCUAAAGUCUGGGUUGUUAGGUGGUCUUUACCAUAGCAUGUAGGUGGUCCAAGGCCACUCAGCUAUGAUUGAACAUUGUCAGUUUGUAGUGGCGGGUGGGACUUGAACCCAGGCCCUCCAGGAUGCUGUGCCCGCGCGCUGAUCACUUGGUUCAGUGUUCAGGAGUUGUCAGUUUUGUCCCCAGGUCCUUCCUGAUUUCUUGAGUUAGUAGAGACUGACUGCUUUUUCUGAUAAAAGAUAAAUAUCUAAUGCAUGAAAUAAUCUCAUAUUUAGAUGUUCAUGAUUCAUGUAAAAAGAGGUUGAAGUUGAAGAUGGUAAAAUUAGGAAUUAAUGAUCAUUGUCUCUUUGGGAAGUGAGUGAGGGAUGGAGUGACAAAAUUUGACUUUGGGAUGAAUCUGUACAGUAGCUGAGAAGGGCCUGGAAAGCAGCUUCCAGGCUCAUCCUCGGUGCUGCUGUGCCUCUGGUCCUGCUGUGUUGCUGCUGAAUACAUGGGUGCUAAUCCUGGGCUUAGUAGAUGCAAACCUCACCCUUAAAAGCUUGAGGGACUAACGUGUCAUGUCAUUCACCUCCUUUUAGCUGCUCUAUUUUGUCUUAACUUCAGCAUCUUGAUUUUCUUGUUUCUUUUAAUCUUUGUGCUCUUGCCUCUAUCAUCUCUUGAGUAACCUGUUCUAGAGGGUCCCCUCAUUCAGCAGAGUUCUGAGUAGUUGAAGAAAUCAGUGGGUAUAUAACCUUACUACUUGAAUUUGUGUUAUAGCUUGAGCAGCAGAAGGUGGUGGCUUGGGUGUUGGCAGGCUAAAAAUGUGGAAAUUAUCGCUUUAGUUCCAGGGAUGUCAUGGUGCUGCAUCAAUAUGUUUUUGUACCAUUCGUUCCCUCUCUGUAAGAAAAUAGAAGCAAGCAAGGCAGAGCUAUAGCUGAGUGCAUCCACCUUACUAAGCUUGCCAAGUCCCAUGCUAGCUAUAGUCCAAAAAUUUCAAAUAGCCCGUUUGGGCGGUGGAUUCCGCGGGUCCUUUCCUCCCCUCUGCUCUGCCACACAGUCACAACACCUAUUUUUCCCUCUCAUAUGUUAGCUAUAGCUGGCAUAUGAGAGGGAAAAAUAGGUGUUGUGACUGUGUGGCAGAGCAGAGGGGAGGAAAGGACCCAUGGAAUCCACCGCCCAAAUGGACUAUUUGAAAUGGUUGGACUAUACCAGAUCUGGGUUUAGGUACAGGUGACACAUCCAACCACUUUGGGCCCCUGUGUUCAUAGGGGCCCAAAACAGUGCCUCUGUGUUUCAGUGGUUAGCAUGUCUAGCUAUGAAUCCACGAGCCCGGGCAGUCAGCAUGCAGCCCAGCAAGCUGUUCAUCCUCCCUUUUGGACUGGUCCAUAAGUGGGGCAGGUAAACUGUGGCAGCCUGGCUGUCAUGCUGGCCCUGUGUCCUGAGGUAAUGGGACCAAUGUGAUGGAGAUAAGCAUUGAGGCCAUGCUCAGCUUUAGCAUAUACCUCCAACUAUGCUUUUUGCCUUUUCAAAAAAUAUAUAAUUUUAAGAGUAAUGAAUCAAAUGAUACUUGAUAUUUUAACCCGCCCGCUGCAAUUGGCACAGAUUUGGCUUUCACUGGUAGCCUGGUAACAUAUGCUCCCAGGUCUUUCUCUGCCUCUGUGGCGGAUAGUGGAGUGUUUCCCUUGUGGUAUUGGUGUGCUGGAUAUCCCGGGCUCCACAAUCCUGAUGAGGCCUGCCAGAAGACCUGAAUCAGCUCUGACAAUUGUGUUGUGAUUCAAUUAUAAGCUGAUGGUAGCAGGAAGGAUUAAAUUUCUGUGUGUCAGGAGUUUUUGCUGCAGUAGUUUCUACAGUUUAUUGUUCAUUAAUAACUUAAUAAGAAAUUUAAUCUGUAAACCUGAGGUGAGUUUGUUUAGUGAUUGAUUUCAGGUUUUUGGAAGGAAACUUGGUGUGGGUAUUUCAGAAGAGUUAUUUGCUGAUUGUUUUCAGAUUUUAUCAAAUAAGAGGUUUGUUGUUGAUUAUGAAGAGUUAUCUUAGGGAUUGCUGCAAUGUUUUUUGUCUUGCCGUAACUGACUAGGGUAUAAUGUGCAUAUUUCAGAAGUUAUUUUGGUGAUUGUUUGCAGAUUCUCUUUGUUGAAUGAGAACUGAAUAAGAAGUUUGAUAAAAAGAUUUUUUUUCUUUCAAUGUUGAUCGUGAAAGCUCACACUCACUGCCAAGCCUGAAUGCAUCAAAUACCUUGGAGCUCCUCUUGGUUUGUGUCUUCUCAAGUGGAGCAGUUUUGUGGUGGUGGUCCAGGAGUGUCUGAGUGAGAUGGGGCCGUGUCUAUAGAGUGUGUCCACCAGUCUGUGCACUUCUAUACUGGUACACUAAUUACACUUUAUUUAACCCUUAGAUGACAGUGGAACUAUAUAUAAACAGUCCAAUAUUCAGUCAGUCAGUUUUGUAUGGCAGAAAUAUAACAACACUUCCAGAUUGCAGUUAAAUCUAUUCAUAGAUGAUAGUUAAAACAUCUACAGGGCGUAACUAUGUUUAUGCUACGGUCCUAAGUUCGGCAAUGACUAUAUAUAGACUAUUCAUUUUUUGGGGAGCUACUCCUCAAAUGCUGCUGCCGUCUAAAGGUUAAUAAACUAAUUGGAGGGAACACAAAGUAAUAAUGUCCAAAAAUAUGACAUUUUCAGACAUAAAAUAAAUUUUUUCACUUACCUGCUUCUUAUAUGAGCGUUAUAAAUGCCCAUAUAAGAAGAAGGUUUUAUGUGAAACAAUUGUGAUACUUCAAGGUAUACAUAGGGACAGCUUCCUGCAUCAAAGAUAAUUUAUGUCAUAUUUAAAAAAAAAUUGUUUGGUAGGUUUGUAUGACUCAAUAAAUCCAAUUUUGGUAAAACAGAGGCUCAUUAGCGAGGGGGUUUGUUGUUAAUUUUUAUGUUGAAAUUAAUGCAUAACUAUGUAGUGCCUUAACGAUGCCUUAGUCACUGAAUCAAGCAUCAGCGUCACAAGUCUCCAGCCUUUUAAAAUAUUGCUUGCACUCCUUUGUGUUGCAGUCAAAGCUCUUUAAGUCGCCAGAGUUGGGGCAGAUGUCUUGCCAUCUGGACUGAAGAGCUGAGUUGAUAAUAGUAAAUAAGCACUUCACAUAUUUUCAUACAGGAGUAAUGUGAAAUCCAAGCCUAGGGAAGAGUAUAGAAGAGUUAAUGGGGCUCAUCAUCACUAUUGUAAAUAAAUGUGCAUGGGUGGCACUUAAAUGCAUCAUACUACUACUGCAAAGGACUUACUGAUGCAAGUUCCUAUAAAAAUUUGGUAAUGAAAUCAUCAAACGGGUAAUAAAACCCUGAGCAUGAACUACAGCAGUUGAUCAGCUGGCACAUGUAAACAUAAGCUAGGCAGUGUGGUCGGUGGUGACACAUCAGCCAGUUUUGUUUUCAAUUCCCUCAACUUUUUCCAUGACUCCUCUGGGGCUGCAUAACCACAUGGCCUCUGGGUCAUGCAGUGUCUCAUUUCCCAGGGCGAAUGCAGACACAAAGUGACGAAUCUCUGUAUACAGAAGAGUGCACGAUACACCACCCAGGGCCAUAUGAGGGCAGGCAGACAGCUUUAGGUUGUCUUGUCAUUCAUGGCAAGUCAUGUGUGGUAUUGUGUGCUCCUUAGAAUGAAUGACAUUAUGCCAUCCACGUCUUAGAGGGGCCUUUGGGUUGCCAACAGCUGGCACACUGCUGACCACAGUACUUUUUUUUUACUUUUCUAUAUAUGAUAAUGGCAUGCCACCAUGCCAAGUUAUCUCCAGUCCGUGGCACAUCGCCAACUUAAUUUAUGAUUCUUCCUACUUUUUUUCUGUAUUUGUUCAAAAUGAAGAAAACAGUUUCUUAGAUAAAUAUCUUUUUGAUGUGCCGACUUAAAGGGGUUUAGUACUGUAGCAUGUUAUACACUCAUCAGCAAUUGUUGUCACUGUUACAAGUUUUGUUCCUAGUGUUUGCUUUAAAAGAUUUAUACUUAAUCAGCUUUUCACCACAAUGUAUAUUGAUUAACAAAAUAUCUAAUAUUUCUAUUUUAAAGAUAGGACAUUCAUUUGGCUUUUAUCAAUAAAUAUUGAUUAACAA